UAGCUGUUUCAACACUUCGAGCACUAUACUUGACUAGUUAAUGCUAGUUGAAGAGCGGCUUUAACUGUCCGCCACGAAGAUAUUUUCUCAAGCCACGUCAAAAUAUACAAAAUUAAAAAAAUGGUGGAAAUCGAGUCGAUGACGAGGUAUGUCUCACCGGUGAAUCCAGCUGUCUUUCCACUGCUGGCUAUAGUGCUAUUAGGAAUCGGAGUAUUCUUCACAGCGUGGUUCUUUGUGUACGAAGUCACCAGUACGAAAUUUACACGAGAUAUAUUCAAAGAAUUAUUAAUCUCCUUGGUCGCAGCGAUAUUCUCUGGCUUUGGAGUGUUAUUCUUGCUGCUCUGGGUUGGAAUUUAUGUAUAGCUUAAGUUAAUUAAAGAAAGAUUAUAAAUUACUUAAUGGUACUGAGCUCAGAUUAGAAGGGAGCUUACAUUCCAUCUAAGAUUUUAUUACCGUCAACAUACGGUGGAAUAAAUGCAACUCUAAGUAUUUUUUA